UUUUAUUUAAACAUAUAACAAUGAUCAAAUGAGCAUAGGUUAAGAGGUCCCCAAUCCAGUACAAAUUUUUGGGUUCUAAUCCAUUUUUUUUAAUUACUUUUGGAAAUGAUGUUGAAUUCAAGAAGUUAUGUCAAUGAGAUGUGUUUGUGUGUACUACUUUUGCUGGCUCUCUCUGGGAUUGGUGUCACAAACUCACAGUCAAUUGUUACCACCCUGCCGGGAUUCGAUGGAGAGCUACCCUUUAAACUUGAAACUGGAUACAUUGGCAUAGGUGAUACUGAUGACGUGCAACUGUUUUACUACUUCAUUGAGUCUGAGAGAGACCCUGUCACUGACCCUCUUAUGCUGUGGCUCACCGGAGGCCCUGGCUGUUCUGGUUUAUCUGCUCUCGUUUAUGAAAUCGGUCCACUAGCAUUUGAUGUUGAGGCUUGGAAUGGAAGCUUACCUACUCUUGUUGUGAACAAAUACUCAUGGACAAGGGUUGCCAACAUAAUAUUCAUAGAUCAACCUGUUGGAACUGGAUAUUCCUAUGCUACAACCGAAUCCGGUAAAAAUACCUCAGACACAAAAGCAGUGGCACAGGCCUAUAGUUUCCUGAGAAAGUGGUUGACAUCUCAUCCACAAUUUCAAGCAAAUCCACUCUACAUUGGUGGUGAUUCUUAUUCUGGAUUUACCCUUCCACUCCUUGUACAAACAAUAUUAGACGGUAUUGAAGCCGGGAAUGAGCCGGAUAUGGGACUCCAAGGUUACAUUCUUGGAAAUCCAGUUACAGAUAGUUUCGUUGAUGAUAAUUCAAGGAUCCCAUAUGUUCACAGGGUGAACCUAAUCUCAGAUGAGCUUUAUGAGAGAGCCAAAUUAUUUUGCAACGGUGACUAUAUAAACAUAGAUUUUAACAACUCGCUAUGCGUGACAAGUCUUGAUGCAAUCAAACAGUGCCUCCUACAAAUAAACCUAGUACAUAUUUUGGAACCACAAUGUGCUUUUGCAGCCCCAAGGCGAAAGGAAAUAGAAUGGGACUUGAGAGUUCGGGAAGCUGAAGAGAUGGAAUAUCUUCUUUCGCAGAACAAACUUCCCAAGUUAACUUGUCGCAGCUUUGGUUAUAUGCUUUCCCACAAAUGGGCAAAUGAUGAUGCUGUCAAAGCGGCUCUUUAUGUCCGGGAGGGUACAUUGGAGAGUAGUUGGAUGAGAUGUCUUAAAUCCUUGCCAUUCUACACAGAAGAAAUCUCUAGCACUAUUGCUUAUCACCAGAAUUUCACAAGGACAGGUCUGCGAGCUCUUAUUUACAGUGGUGAUCACGACAUUUCUGUUCCAUACAUUGGGACACUAAGUUGGGUAAAUAAUCUCAAAGUGCCUAUUUUUGAUCAAUGGCGACCAUGGUACGUUGACGGACAAAUUGCAGGGUACCUACAGAAGUACACGAACGAUAACUUCCGUUUGACAUAUGUAACUCUAAAGGGGGCAGGACAUACAGCUCCAGAGUACAAGCACAAGGAGUCAAUGAAUAUGGUCGAGAGGUGGUUUGCUUAUUACCCAAUCUAAAUGGUGAUGGUUGAGGCCUAAAAAUUCAUUGUUGAUUCCAACUUUUGCGCGGCAAAUUUAUAAAUAAAGUUAUUUUUGUAGUACUGUAUUGAUUAAUUGCAAUAAUAUUGAAACAACAAGCACUUAUUAUUUUAACUUCGAAGUAUAUUAGGGUUACAUUUGAAGAGAUUCAACCGAAUGCAUUGUAAAAUUAUUGAAUUUUGUCACACUCAAUUUAGUGCAGGGAAUACUGCAUUAGUUUGUGUGAUUCA